CCUCUGGGACACUUCUCACUUACUUUCAGAACAAUUUUCAAACAAGUGCAAGACUCAGAAAGGACUGUUUGGGAUAAUUGACAAAGAAUUUGUUCUUCCCCUCCCUGGCAUCUUGUGGAAUUGGACACAAACUGGAAUAUGUUUCAGUGAUCCUCGGGAGUCAUACGUCAGUGGAGAGAAGAGAGAGCUUUUGCAGAGGGAUACAGAGUGGAGGCAGAGGAGGGCAGAGGUGUGCUGGAUGGGGGCCACAGCCGGGACUGAUGGCAGGAGCCCAGAACACAGUGAGCUCUAAUCACGUCCUCUAGGAGCCGCUAGGUGCUACAGUUCACGUGGAGACACUGAAAAGGUUGUGUGCCCAUGAGGUCGUCCAUGCUGGUCCUGUUCCUCCUCUUCAGUGCCCAGGCUGUGGCCGCCAUCGGAGGAGCAGCACAGCAGCAGUGUCCAGGCAACAACUCCAACUCCAUCCCCACGGUGGACCCCAAACUCUUCACCAAGCGCCGCUACCACUCACCCAGGGUGCUCUUCAGCGCUCAGCCACCUGAUGCAGACCUGGCAGAGUCACAGGGUGCCGGCAAAAGGGCCCGCAGGCGCGCUGGGCAGCCUCAGCACCGUGGAGUUUACUCUGUGUGUGAGAGCAUCAGCGUCUGGGUGGGCAACAAGACCAAAGCCACGGACAUCUCAGGCAACGAGGUGACAGUGCUGCCAGACGUGAAUAUCAACAAUGUUAACAAGAAGCAGUACUUCUUUGAGACGACGUGUCACAGCGCCCGCUCAGGCAGCUCUGGCUGUUUGGGAAUUGAUGCCAGACACUGGAACUCCUACUGCACCAACUCACACACUUUUGUACGAGCGCUGACUUCGUUUAAGAAACUGGUGGCGUGGAGGCUCAUACGCAUCAACGUGGCCUGUGUGUGUGUGCUUAGCCGCAAGUCAUGGCGGCAGUGAAGACACACACACACACACACACACACACACACACACACACACAUGCGCAUAGACAUACUCAUCACCAAAGUCUUUUCACCCUCUGCACAAAGUAAAUUAUUGGUCAAUUAUUAUAUGUCAAAGUUUCAGGACUGCAUGUACUGUACAUACACCAGACCUGGGUCAAAUAGUAUCUGUUUUUUAGCUGUUGUUUUUACCUGUUUAGUAGUACCAAACAUUAAGCUGUUGUUGCUGUGUCACCUAGCAUCUGAUUGUCCUAACUGCGGUUCAUGACAGGUUCAGCUUGCAGAGGUUUAAAACACACAGGAACCGUAUUUAACAAACUUCUAAGAAUUACACUUAAAGGGGAACUCGAUUAAACACAUCACUCUGUUUCCACGUAUUACUGCAAUAUGUGGAAAAAGUUGUAUAAAGCCUUUUGUGUUUCCAGGGGAAGCUAAUAAAUUGCCUCAAGUGAGGUCACUUGAGUCAGUUGGGGCUGAAGACUACAAGUUUGAAGAAUAUGGGGCUGUGCUGUAGAGUUACAAAGAAGUGAGCUUACCAGGUCUCUGUAGCUAGCUCCUCAUCUCUGCUUGAGGAUAGCUGCUCGAGUAUGCAUCAGUGUUACAUUGUGGGUAAUGUAGGCACUAGGUUUUGAUAAGAAAGAAGAAUGCAUGGAAUAAAAAAGAUGAUGUAUAUAUACAAAAUAUACAAAAAACAAAACUGUCCAUCUUGGAUCUCACAAAAAUUUAAGAAAGCCCUAAAAGUUAAUUUAGCGGAAGUGAAGACUAAGACGUUUAUUUAGCGACUUACUCCAGUUUACAGAUAAGUAUAAGGGUAAAGUUUAGAAGCAAUUGUGUGAAAUCCUAUCUGCAGUAAAAUGUGAAAUAAAUUGUUUACAAAUUAAACAAUAAAGAAAAAUCAAACUGGAGCAGGAAAGAGUUAGCCUAGAAAUCUAGACGCACCCUAGCAGCAGCAAAUGUAAUUUGCAGCCACUGUCAUCAACAUCUUGAUGUGAGUCUGGCUUGUCAGGCUAGGAAAGAACAUCUGAUGCUGGUAUAUAUAAUAAGAAGAAUUUAGUUGCACAUUGAAGAUGCAUGCAUGAUCCCAACUAAAUUAAAGCCAGCUUUAUAAUUCUUGUUUGCAAAAAAUCUAAACAAACUGUUGUUACAUUCUAUCUUGUUCUGAAUUAUAUAUGUCACUAUAGAUAUCAAUUUCUUUUCACCAUGAAGACAAAUUACAUUAUAAAACACACCUCAAAAUUUGUGCAUUCACCUUUGUUUCUGUGCUGCAGUCAUUUAUUUACUCUUUAGAGACAACCAGAGAUCUCUCUAUUUCAGCUACAGUUUGUCUCACACUCAUAGAGUUUUACUUUAUCUUUCACUCCCAAACUUUCACUUUUAGCAGUUUAAUAAAUACAGGCCCAGGUUCACAGUUGUUAGGGUUGGAUAGCCCAUUGCCCACAGCCAAUCCUAGUGCUUGAAUGCUAUGCAGGGCGUUCUUUUUCGGAUUAAAUUUGCUGCAGACUAGAUGCAGGAAAGGCUUAUUGCUGCCCUCCACAGGUCACUUGUAGAACUCUAUUUUUUCUAUUGAGUUUUAUGGAGGUUGUCAUACAUAUAAGAAGCCUUACAGCCAACUACUGGAAUGUAAAAGUUUCACAGUGCAAACUAUUUACAGUGCCCAGUUUCCAUUCCAUUCGAAUACCCAAACCCCAGAGUUGAUGCAAAUCCUUCCCUCGGCGUAGUAUCUAGUUCUUCUCCAAAUCCUUUCCUACUUCCCUUGCAUUUAAACAGUACAAUUUAUAUCAUGCCAAUAAAUGGCAGAUCCUUUCUUGUCCAUGCAGAUAUCCUGAGCAGCUUCAGCUUGACAAUCCCUUUUCUGCUUUGAUCUUAUCCACUUUCACUUCCUUACACUGUGCUGACCCAGCAUGGUGAUUUAUAUCACAGUGCAGGCCCUUUGCUUGUCUUUUAUGCACUCCAGCAAGGUGCUAGCUAUCGCAAUGCUAGAAAGAUAAACCUCUCCUGGCAAGCAAGUCCUUUCCGUUGAGGUAAAUGUCUUCUGUUUGGUGAAUGCGCAUCCUUAUUGUUGUUGUCUGUGGUGCUAAAAAAGAUGUUCCCUUUAUGAACCAGAGAUGAAUUCCGGGAGUCCACUCAGAACAAAGGCGCCACCAAUUAUUGUCAAUCAUUGUUCCGACAUCUAGCUACAGAGGUAAACAAUGUACAUGGGAGAAGUUAGUAUCUAGGGUUUAUUUUUGCUAGAAAGGGUCUAGUUUAACCCAACCAUGACCUUUUCCUAAACCUAACCCAGUAGUUUGUUGCCUAAGCAAGAUUCCUGUCAGAAAAUGCAUUCUGCCCUAAAGUCUAACUUCUACCAUGUGCGUAAAGCACUAAAUAAUUUCAUAGUUCCUAGUUCCACGUGACCUUUAACCUCCUUUCAACCUCUGCAGCAGAUGUUAUUCAAAUCUCAGAUACGAUGACCUCUAGUGGCAGUUAGGUGACCACUGCAAGACACAGGAACUGGGUUUAAACCACAGACCGUAUAAAAGAAGUUUAAACCACAGGCGCAUGUCAAACUUGUGAAGACACAGCAGUGGUGUUUAAGAAACGACAUGAUUUUACAUGGGUCUUAAACCUUAAACAGCAGCUAAGUUAGUGACAGAGU